GGAGAGGAGCUGAUGUAGAAGUGCAGCUGUACCUGUAYGUCUCAACAGGCUGACAUGUCUCUGUUAUUUUUUCCCCUCACUUUGCAUAAGGGUAGACAACUUUGGAAAUGAGGAAUAACGUUUUCUGCAAACUUCUGUUUCUUUCUUGAAAUGAAUGGAGAUCUCAACAAAGACUUAUUGUGCACAUGAAUGAGUCGAGCACAAGGAAAGAUGAAUACAUGGACACAUCAUUUCCAGUGGYUCCUCUUGGUGCUCUGUGUAAUAAACCUGAGCAUCCAGUCAGUGUCCAGUGGCAACCAAAGCUCCCGAGGACAGACAGGAUCAUCACAGGAGAGGACAGGGACUUGUGAAGUAGUUGCUGCUCAUCGUUGCUGCAAUAAGAACAAGAUUGAAGAGCGCUCUCAAACAGUCAAGUGCUCCUGCUUCCCAGGACAGGUAGCAGGGACAACAAGGGCGCUGCCCUCUUGUGUGGAAGCUUCUAUUGUGCGUCUGAAAUGGUGGUGUAAAAUGGAGCCGUGUCUGGAAGGGGAGGAGUGCCGAGUCCUUCCUGACCUCACUGGUUGGUCGUGCAUCUACGGGAACAAAGUGAAGACCACGAAGGUGGGGCGAUAACAAAGCCAACUGAUAAGCCACGCCUGACCUGCUGCAAACAACUGUAGUAACACCGGACCCCCCGUCAGAUAAAGCAAGAAAUGUAGAAGUUUAAUUAGAUGCUUCCUGACUGAGCUUUAAACUGUCGGAACUCAUUAUUCAUAUUUCUUUGUCUUUGAACGGUUUUUGUUUUGUUUUAAAUCCCACCGAGAGAGCAAUUUAUUACGAACUGUUGCCAGAUAAAAUGAUUUAGCCCGCCCCCACCCCCCAAUUCAAACUGCCAAGAGCUUCUGCAAAGGAAAAAAAAAAGGGGGGGGGGUAUUCUUUUUUUCUUUUUUUUGUGCUUGAAACUUGAAAUGCCAGGCACAUUGUGAUGUGCUCAAUCAAAGUUUGGAUGGAGCUGCUGGCAGGCGUUUAAAAAGAGAUUUUGUGGAUUUUCAGGUAGCAGAAAUGUGAACCCRGUCCGUGGCUCGUGACUUUCUGCCGCUCAAAGCAGUAGACCACAAAAUACUGAGAAAUUUAUGAUUACAAUGUGGAGCGGUUGAAGUCAUCAUCGUCCCUUGGUUUCAGCUUUCCACACGGUCAGAUCACUGCAGACUCGUCCUUACCGCAGUAAUUCACACUCUCCCCAGACACACACAUACACGCACACACACACACAUACGCACACACACACAGGCAGGCAGCUUCUUUACUCCACCAGCUGGACAGGCCACCACCUGCAAGGCUGUGAUGGCGCACACACAAGCCUGAAGUCCUGACACAAAAAAAACAAGGAGUCUUUGAAAUGCUAAUCAUGAGGAGAAAGAGGAGAGAAAAGAAGAGGAGCUCCUUCACUACUGACUCUUUACAUUCAGCUUUUUUAUUUUAUUUAUUUUAGUUUAUUUUGUUUAGCUCUACACUGUGUGCUCCUGUUGAGAGGACUCUUCUUAUAGUAAUGAUAGGAAACUGUUGUUUUUCUGCCUUGGAACAAAAUGUGGCCAUUAAGAAAAAAAGUUGUUUAUUACCAUUUAAUCAGUCGUUUCCUUAUUAUGCACAACAUUCAUUUUAGACCCACCCUGAGUGUCUCUCUUUUAUUGCCUAAGUUCAGCCAGCAUUUUUACCUUUGUUACCAAAGGGAAUUUUUAAAAUAACACAAAUCUAGCAGCUGCAAAUCAUUCCGUUUUAGGCGUCAGGCUUGUAUGAAGGCCACACGCUGUGCUCGCUGAAAGCAGCUGAAUUCUAAGCAGCUUGCUCAACAUCACACAAUUAUGCAUUAUGAUUGUUUUGGCGAAGACAGGCUUCUUCACUGAGCCCCAUCACGCUGUUCCAACAUUUUGUACACGGGUUUGCUUUGUAAACAGCCGGGUUUUAAUUGUCAUUGAAUGUUUUGGAGGGCUGUGGAUGUUGAUAAGAUCAAAUAUCUUUUUUUUGAAAGAUUCACAUGAAGAUGAGGAGUUAAUUCCUCUCCUAAAAAUGGUGAGGUAAUUGAGAGUAAUUGAGUUUUUUUUUUUUUUUUUUGGUAUGCGUCAUUUGCAGCUUAACCCAGCCAAAGCUUGAAAUUCUGAUCAUGCAGGCCUGGUACAGAACAAAUCCAGCAUCAGUGGGAUAAAGAAAGAUGAUGGUUUGUUGACAAAAAUACAUUUUUUUUAGGAUUUGGACUCAGCUGUUGUUAAAACAUGUUCACAUGUGUGGAAGCAAUAAACCAAAACCUGCACAAUAUAUUUCAAUUAGUUCCAGCAAUAAUUGACCAAUUAUUAURUGGGACUGAAAUCUGUUGCUGUAAAUAGAGACAGAUUACACUGCACUGUGAAAAAGUUUGUGGGACAUUUGUUCUGGAAACACAAGAAGAAUAUGAUUAUCCAAUAAAUCCACUGGGAAUUUGAUUUUAUACUGAGUUUUAGAACGUUCAGCAUAUUCGUGGAAAACUUUAGCACCAAACUUUUAUGGGUUAGAUUUAUUUUUUUAUACAGAAAGUCAGAAUCUUCACGUGUUGCUGCAUCUAAAAGAGGACAGAGUCUGGAAACAUCAGCGCUUAUAAGUCCAGAAAAAAGCUUUUAUUUGUUGCUUUAUUUGUGGAUUUCAUUUUUUAUUUGUUUGGUUGAAUUAAACUUGUUUCAUUUAAAUAAAAUGAUUCAAAGCCACUUUUAGUGAACUGUAGUCCUCAUCCAUCCAUGUAAUAUAAUAAAACAGAAACUAUUUGCCAUGUUUGCACCUCCUCUCUGGACUUUUUGGUAAAACAAAAAAAGAGUUUUAUAGCAGAUUGUUUCAUGCAUGCCCACCUUUACUUCGUGCUCUAGAAACUAAUGGAAUUCUUUUUACCACCCCCCCUCACCUAUAUAUUCUGAUUCUGUCACCAUUAAACCUGCUUCAACAAGACGGAGACAGUGGAUCAGUGAUUACGUCACUUCAGACAUUUUUGUCUCACCCAGUGGAGGAAGAAGACAUGGAGGAUGAAUCAACAUAAUUUCUCCAUCUGCCCCACCCACAGCACUCCCAUUGUAGCAAACACCACGAUUAGCCGCAUAUAAACAACAACACUGAUAGCAGGAGAGAGCUGCUAUCUAGAUGAUGAGACAGUGGAAGAGAAACUCGUGGUGUUUGAUGAGGAGUCUGAAGAGGAAAUACUCAGUUUUCCUUUUUGUUGUCCACAGAAAUGGAAACAAACCGUGGACGGAGAUUGUACAUUCAUGUCAAACUGCUCCUCUAUGCUGUCCAUCCUGCUAAUUUAACAAAUUGCUUUAUGGGAGCAGACCAUUUUCAGCCAAAUGACGUGGAAGCUCCUGCUGCUCCUUGUUAACAACCACGCCCACAAGUCUGACCAAUCAGAUUAUACAAAUUGGUCUGUAGAACAGAAGUUAUGCAAUUUUCAUCCUGCAAGAUGUGAGAAUGGWAAUGUAAAUCAGCUGAAAUGGUUAAUAACAGAGGAAAUGAUGAUUGGUAUAAAAGAACAAAACUAACCGUUUAGAGGAAGGUUUUAGUUAAGCUAAACUAUCGACAUAAAAACACUGGAGUGAGUGUGUUUGUUGUUUUGGCUUACCUUUCUCAUUACAUCACUGCUUUUAGUUAAUAUUAUUUGUCAAUCAGCAAACAUUUUCCUGUUCUGUACUUUGAAAACAUAGAAAUGUAGAAGAAGAAGAAAAAAAUGAGCAGUAGUGUGAAUGUACCUAAAUGUAUUUUUAUCAUUCCUAACUUUUUAGGAAC